AUGAUUUUGGAAGAUGAUGAUGAUGAUAAUGAUCAUGAUGAUGAAAUUGCAGAUGUUGAUGAAGAUGAUGAUGAUGUUGAUGAUGAUGAUGAUUCAGUUGAUGAUGUUGAGGAUGAUCAUGAUGAUGCUGAUGAUGAUGAUGAUGAUGAUGAUGAUGAUGAUGAGGAUGAUUAUUAUGAUGAUGAUUAUGAUGAUGAGAAUGAUUAUGAUGAUGAUGAUGUUGCUGAUGAUGAUGAGGUUGAUGAUGAUGAUGAUGUGGAUGAAAUUGAUGAUGAUGAAGAAAUUGGAAUUAAUGAUUAUGGUAAUAUUGUUGACGAAGUUUAUGUAGAUGUUGAUGAUUUGGAUGAUGAAGAUAAUGAAGAUGUUUUUGAUGAUGACGAUAAUGAUGAUGCUGAAGAUGAUGAUGAUGAUGAUAAUGAUGCAGAUGUAGCUGAUGAAGGUGAUGAUGAUGAUCAUGCUGAUGAUGGUGAUGAUGAUAAUGAUGCUGAUGUAGCUGAUGAAGAUGAUGAUGAUGAUCAUGCUGAUGAUGGUGAUUCGGAUGAUGAUGUUGUGGAUUUGCUUUAUGAUGAUGAUGAUGAUGAUGCGGAUGAUGAUGAUGAUAUGGGUAAUGAUGAUGUGGAUGAAAUUGAUGAUAAUGUAGAUGUUGUUGAUGUUGAUGAUCAAGUUGAUGUUGGUGAUUUUGAUGAUUAA